CAUCAGUAUAUUUUGUCUGCAUCUUCUGUUGUUGUUGCAAGCCUUUUUGCAAUCCCCGUUACAAAGAAAUGUGUUUGUAGUUGCCACACACAACGGGGGGGUCACAGACAACGUGGAGGGUGUUUGCUAACUGGUGUCGUUGGACUCGAACUAAUGUUUAACGUUAGCGUUUGCUUGUUUGUCGUCUUGGGUGUUUGACAGGCUUUGAGGCAAGAAGUCCUAAUUCAUUUGGAACUUAAAACAGUUUUAAGUGAUUUGACUGCUGAUGAUUAGAUAACCACACGUAUAGCUAACUAGCUCGAUACCAAACCAUUGUUUUGAAUUGUGGACAAGUUAGCUAGCCAGAAUAUUGAUAGCGUGCACAUCAAAUCUGCCGUUUCAUUGACGUUAGAACAACAAAAGCUGUCGCUAUGGAUCAAGAUGGACAGUGUUCGCUGUCUGGACCAUGUUUGGAUCGUUCAACCCUCGUGUCUGAAGACGGGAAGAACACAAAGUCAGUGCUGUGCCAACGAUGUGGUUCCAAGGUGCUCUGUGCAGGGAUGGCACAGUUCACAGAGAAAGAGCUAUUUCUCCCCUCUAUGCGGAAGAAGACCAAUAUUACCCAAUCAGAUGGUUCGGUGGAUGGGGACACGUUGACAGCCCAUUGGCUGGUGGAUGACAUGUUCACUUUUGAGAACGUGGGCUUCACUAAGGACGUGGGUACAAUAAAGUACCUCAUUUGUGCAGACUGUGAAAUUGGACCCAUCGGUUGGCACUGUUUAGAUGACAAGAAGAGCUUCUAUGUGGCGCUGGAGAGGGUUAACCAUGCCUGAGGAUCAGCCUCUUACAGGAGAGCAUCCCAGCUCAGGUGAACCAGUCAGAAGACCAGCUCAGGAUGUCUAUCUCUCCACUAGGUCUACCCACAUGGUGCUUGGUCCCUGUGUGAGCAGCUUGCUGGCUGAAUACUGAAGUGUUGUAAUACUGAUUGCUCUGAUCUGCAUUCCCAGCCAGCAAUUUGCAAAUGCUGAUGUGUUUGUUCUUACCGUAUUGUCUUUUUCUCAAUUUUAAUCUGUAAGUAAGAUUCCAUUAUCAUAUUUGGUUGUAUAUUAACAUUUGUAUCAGCUGCUGACCCAUAAGAUUAAUUAUGCAGUUCAAUUUAUGUUCAUUGACCCAGUGAUCUGACCUGGAUAUACAUGCCAAUAUAAUGUAUAACCCUAUCGCCUAGUCAGUCAGUCACUAACCUACACACUCUCUAUGGCAUGUAUAGGGGAGGGACGAUCUCAAGUUUUCACAUAGUUAUUGGCUGCCAGUCCUUUUUUUUUAAUUUAGCCAGCCUUGCUUAUUAUUGGAACUCUAUACUGCACUUUCAGUUACUUUUAACUUAGUAAAAUAAAAGUUGUGCUCAAAGUGCGUA